AUGGCUGAGGUUGGGAUUCUCUACUUCCAGCCAAGUGUUUUCCGCUGCAUCCUGCUGCGAUGGGUCCGCCUGCUGGGUUUUGCUACCGUCUACGGGACACUGACUCUUAAGUUGUACAGGGUGUUGAAGGUGUUCCUGUCCCGUACUGCUCAGAGGAUCCCCUACAUGACCAGCUGGCGAGUGUUGCGUCUGCUGGGCAUCAUCCUACUCAUCGUCUGCUGGUUCCUGGUGGCUUGGACAUCUGCUGUCUGUCAGAACCCGGACAGGAAGUUGGCUCUCAUCGACGUGGGCUACACGCCCGAUGGGCUGCAGUUCAGCAUGUGCCUGCUGGAUCGCUGGGACUACAUGAUGGCUGUCGCUGAGUUCCUCUUCCUGCUGUGGGCAGUAUAUCUGUGUUAUGCUGUGAGGACGGUGCCCUCUGCAUUCCACGAACCUCGCUACAUGGCCAUCGCUGUUCACAACGAACUUGUCCUGACGGCAAUAUUCUAUGUCAUCAGGUUCACUCUAGCUCCAGAGCUCCAUCCAGACUGGAUGCUGUUACUGUUCUUCACCCACACACACUUAACUGUUACAGUAACACUGGGUCUGCUACUCAUCCCAAAGUUCCUGUUUGCUGGCACCCACAUGAGAGAUGAUAUAGCCUCCGAGGCGUAUGAGGACGAGAUGGACAUGGGUCGUUCGGGGUCGUAUCUGAACAGCAGCAUAACAUCGGCAUGGAGCGAACACAGUCUUGAUCCUGAAGACAUCCGGACACCAGACGAAAUGGGCCAUCUCAGUUCUAUUAAUGGCUGUGGCGUAAGGUCUUGCGACAGUCAUUGGGAAAAACGUACCAACGAGGAGUUGAAGAAACUCUACUCCCAGCUGGAGAUUUACAAGAGGAAAAAGAUGCUAGCAAACAACCCUCAUCUCCAGAAGAAACGUAGUUCCAAAAAAGGGUUGGGUCGUUCGCUGAUGAGACGCAUAACUGAGAUUCCGGAAUCGGUGCACCGGCAGUGCAGCCGUGAAGACAAGGAUGCUGGAGAACAUGGGAGCAACCGUAACAGCAUUUGCAUGUUGAAGAAGAACCCCUUUGAUCAGACUCACCCAGGAAAGCCGGCAAAGGAGGAGACGCUUAAGAACAAGGUUUUCUCCCUCAAGAAGUCCCACAGCAGUUACGACCAUGUCCGUGACCAGAGUGAAGACUCCAGCAGCUCAGCAACAGACAAGAUGGAGGUUACUCCGACUGAAGGCUCUCUCUUGGACACACUUAUUGGCAAGAAGCUGGUCAAGAAGAAGUCCAGUGAGAAUGUAGGGGUCACCAGUGAAUCUACAGAAUCGGUUCCUUUGGUCUGCAAGUCAGCUAGCGCCCAUAACCUCAGCGCAGACAAGAAACCGAUUCAUCCCAGAGCCUCCAUGCUUCAGAAGUCCCUCAGUGUCAUCGCCAGUGCCAAAGAGAAGACUUUGGGCUUGACAGGAAAGACCCAGAGUGCAGAGGACAGCAAUAAGAAGAGUCAGCCGAAGAGCAAAGAGACGAGGGCCAAUGCAGAUCCGGAGAAUGAAUUCCAACCCAAGAUGAUUAUCAGCCAGUCAGUUGAGUGCAAACAGACUGCGUCAUUGGGUAGGAUCAUGAAACAGCCAGUGAGCGGUAGCCAGCCUACAAUCUGCUCUGAUCCAAUCACGGGAAAAGACCUCUGUGAUCUCUCAGAGGUUUGUCCCUGGGAACUGGAGGAUCUCCCAACGCCGUCUGAAAACAAGGUCCAAAAGCAUGUAUCCAUCGCGCCAGAUGAAACCACAACUGUUCACGGAGGGAGCACCAAGGGAGGAAAAUCUCAGCAGCAGAAACAGAAAGCUUCUGAUCAACCUCCAUCGAGUGGCAGUCAUUCAAAGGAAAUUCCAAAGACGACCGCUGUACGAGCAGAGAUAUGUCCAUGGGAAGAUGGAGGUGAAAGUCAAGGUAGUCAAGUAGAAUGCUCAAAUCCACAAACAAACAUUCAGGCAAGCAAACUUGCUCAGACCCAACCGCCUCAUUCAACAGAGAGUUCCAAAACACAUCGGGUAGACGUUUGUCCAUGGGACGUUGAGGAGGCCCAAAAGAAAACUGAGUCAGCUUUUUCUCCAGAUGUAACAACACAAAGAAAAGGCACCUCUCCUGUGGAAGGUAAAAGAAGAAGUACUCUUUUAGAUCCAUCCAAAACAGGAGACUCGCUGCAGCCACUAUCUGCAAAAGCAGAUGUCUGUCCCUGGGACUAUGAAAGCACUGCAGUAUCUCCAAGUUCUGAGAGGACACCCAGUCCGUCUCAAGCAUCCAAAACCAGGGAAUCCCCAUCAAAAAAGAAGGGUACCCCUUCCACAAGAACAGUUGAGAAAGAGAAAUCAAAAGACGCUGAUAUUGAGAAAAGUAGAACAAAAGCUAAGGACAAGAGUAAAUCUUCAGAGAAACAAACAAGCCAACAAAAAAUGGCUGCGGUAUGCCCAUGGGAUGUGGAGAGUCAUCAGGAUGUUCCGGCGGUAGAAAAAAGGAAGAGUGCAAAUGUAGGGACGGCCAAAGCAAAGCCAGUUGAAGUCUGUCCAUGGGAUUUUGAAGCUUCAUUAGAUAAAAAAGAUACAGACAAAAGUGCUUCUCCCAUGAAACAGAGCAAUCCCAGUCCUAAAGGCGGUGUUGUAAGUGCUCAAAAGGCAGAUGUUUGUCCCUGGGACUUUGACGAUAGCACAUCAAGCAAGAAGGCAUGACCUUAAUGGACUAUUAAAAUGAUAGUUAUUGAUGUAUACUUUUUUCACUCUGAAAUUGUUAAGUGCGGUGACUUGGAAGAAAAGUUCAAGAUCAAGUUCCACGAGUUGCCUUCCUUUAUGAGUUUUUUUCCUCUUUUACCUAUUUUGAAAAUAAGUAAAAUGUAAAAAAACAAUAAAGUCAUGACAAGCAUUCCAGAUUAUUACAGGAAGAUCCUGAGGAUAAAUCUUAGACUAAUUAUGCAACUUUUGAUUCAGCCUUUUCACUUCAUUAGCAAUGUUGAAAAUCUGCAUAUAUCAUGUUCUCUAUUCGGUCAACAAUUCUUGGUGGUUGUUUUGUGCAUUAUCAUCAUCACUUAUUGGACUAAGAUAUGACAUGAUCUGUAGGGGGAAAAGAAGUAUGACAUUAAGGUUGAUGUACAAAACAGCAAAAGUGAAAGCCAAAGAAUAAGGAAACAAUUGCAAAGAGCGUUAUUGGUCUGUCGGCGAUAAAGUUAAAUUAUUAUUUUGUGUCCACUCCUUGGCACAGAGGGAGGGACUCCCAGGAUAUAAAACAGUAUAUAGCACUUUAGCCAACCUAAAUUGAGAACUGAAGGUGUUCUUUUUGUACAUUUUGUCUUCUUAUUUUCAACUUCAUGGCAUGAUGUCACAUACCGACCAAACUUAGUUUUUAUUUAGAUCUAUUUAAUUGUAGUUCUCAGCAGAUUAAAUUGCUUCCAAGUCUGCAGAGAUGUACUGUAUGUGCCUAACUAACUAGCAUUGUCUUGUACCAGUCUGAAGCGAAGCAAAAUACUUCUUCUUCUUCAGCACUUUGUGACCGUGAAUUAUAUAAACAGCAUGCACAGCCAAGUGUUGAGACUAGUUGGACCCUUCUGGUUUGUCAACUAAAGCAGUUUAUAUGUUGAGAAAUAUAUAAUGGUUUGUUUUUUUAUAUACCAGAGGCACUCCUUUUACUGCUUUCCUAUUUCCAGACGCUCAUUCAGGAUGGUGGAGAUUAUAUGAGAGCAGCAUUAACAUGAAUGUGUGUCAAAAUGGCUCAUAUGUACACUGUAAAAAGUAGGGAUAGAAAUACUGGGGCAAUACUGAGGGAACAAUUUGCACCAGCUUUGUUUAUGAAUCCAGCAUGGAUCAUUUUGUUGGCUUGAACCAAGUAUGUGUGUUUGUGUGUGGACACAAUAUCAUGCAUUUAUAGUGUAAAUGUAAUUCUGUAGCUAAACCUCUGAUGUCUCAUACAAGAAGAAGCUUUAACUCACUAAAAACCCAAAAAUGAAAUGGUUUUCUAAACGGUAAUUAACAUAUUUUACCAUUUAAUUUCACCAACAGCAAGUAAAGCUACUGCUUUGAAGGGUAAUAGUGGUUUAUUAUAACUUGGGUUUUAUUUUCCUAAUUAUGGCCAUCAUUCCAACCAAACAUUUUGAGACCUGGAACAGGUCAGUGAUGUAGCCUUGUUUCCAGAUUUUAGCUUUUACUUUGUCAUAAUUACCAAAAUAAAACCCAAUCUUUUGGAGAUCAAAACUAUCCUUUGAUAUUUUAAGAUAAAAUAUAAAUAAACGACCAUUAUACAAUGGCGAUAACAAGCACUACACUGCCAUCAGUUUUUUAUUUGCAUUUCUGUACGGAAAUCGAAUGCAUGCUCUUCCCAGUUUAAUUCAGGUUUGUUGAUUAGUUGAGAUGACCUUUUAGAAUUAGGUUUAGCAAUGCGGCAUCAACUAAUAAUCUGACUAAACCUUUUGAGGACUUUAAUUUAUUUAAUGUUUUGUAUCAAAAUGUCUAAAUAUUCAUCACGCACUAUCCACGUGAAAAAAAGAAUCUCCCACUUAAAUUUGAAAUGACCGUUGAACAUUUGCUAAUAAUUGCAACCUUGCAAAAAAACAUAUAUCAAUAGCAUCCACGGUAUUUUGUGAGAAAUACAUGGUAACACUGAAUGUUGUCACUGAUUGUAAUUAUCUAUAAUUGCUGUCAAAUUCCUUAAUAUCCAAGCUCUGUAGUAUGGGAUUUAAAAAACAAGUCAUAUUUGAUAAAACAUACUGUAGGUCUUCAAUUGCUUCAUUUCUUUGGCACAAACAAAAAAUAGAACAGUGAAAAUUAUAUUUUUGAAUCUAAUUUUGUUCUACAGUUUACCUCUAUCAACAUGAUGUAGAUGCUAUGACAUACAUCUCUGAAAGAUUACCCAUUGACCUAUUGGGGUGUCAUCUGAAAUAUUUCAAAUGUGUAGUGUUUGCCUUACAGCGUGAGAUUUGUCAUCCCCCCUUGAGCUCCUAUAGGAACGGUGUCUGAGAAGAACUGUCAACGUGCAUGGAUUGAUUGUAAUGAUUUGAUGGAUCUAUGUGAUAUUUAUCAGCCAGAUGUUACGCGUCAUCCAUCAUAUGCAUUGUGGUAGUAGAUGCAGGGCCAUACCAAGAGACCUUGUGUGACAAGAACGACAUUUCAAAAGCCUUUUCUUUUUUUUAAGUCACUUUGGAAUCACUGCCGCGUUGGAUCUUUACUGCCCUGGUGAUGGACAAUACGCUGUAUAUUUUUAUCCUUGUAGGAAAGCUAUUUGAAAUGAGAAGAUGUGUUUAUUUCUUGAUAUUCAUUUUGAAGACGACUUUAAAUGAGCUCAAACAGGCUUUAAAACAACCAUGAUUUUCAUGAAAUUCUAAUAUUUGUUGGUAAUUUGUAUGACGACAAAAGACGGUAUUUUUUUUCUCCAUUUAAAAAUGUACUUUUCAAGGCAUUUAUUGAUUAACUUUACACACUGGGCCCAUGAGAUUUCCAGAUUAGAGCUGGAGCACAAGAAACACAAUAACACUUGUACUGUCUUAGAGCAGAAGAUAAUAAUAUCCAACAAUUUCACUGUGUAAUACAUCAUAUUACAAUCAGUCUUCUUUGCUGUCCCAUUUACAUAAUUCCAGUAUGCUUCCUUGAGCAUUCCUCAGUUCAGUCAGUCUAUGUAUACUUACUUGUGUAUACAUAACCAGUGUACGUUACUCUGGAAAUUAUCGUCGUCUUUUGGCUGUAUCAUAUGAAUCCUUGAAAGUAUGAACCUCAAAUGGAGCCAUUUGUCUUGUACCAUCUUAAGAUAUUGGGAAAGUCCUGUAGCUCUUUGUCCACCAAUCAGAUCCUUUACCAUUGUUGGCUAGCUGAUUUCAUUUAAACCUGACUUCUCCUCUCUUGUGACCAACCCGAUGGCAACACAACUACUAUUGCUACUACUACUACUACUAUUCAAUGCCGUAACGUCGUAAAUCUUGCUCUUGUGGCUUCUGCAUGAAUUGAAGAAAAAAUAAAUAAUAGGACCGAUGUUUCACUGCCCUUGAUAGAACAAAAAAGAAAAAAAAUUGAUCUUUUAUGGACUGUUACAAGUUGUAUAGUGAGUGAUACUGUCCCUAACCCACUGUAUUAUGUGCUUGUUAUAACUAUUGCUCUAUGACAAGCUUAUAGCAUCAAUAUAUGGGAACAUUUGGUAGAUUUAUAUUGUGUUAUAUUGUGAUAGCAUGUACAUAAAAGAUACCUCCUCUGCAAUAAAUAUUUAUAUGA